AUGUCUGCAAUGAAAAUGUCGGAGAGAACAAUGGCACAUCGAGUAUGGCUGUUUAUUUUGCUCCUCUCUCUCAGCGCAGUGCACGGACAGGUCAGUUACUCAAUUCCUGAAGAAAUGCCGAGAGGCUCUUUAGUCGGUAACAUUGCUCAAGAUUUGGGUUUGGACAUGAACAGACUGAAAUCAGGCAAAGCUCGAAUUUAUACCGGAGAAAGGGCUGAAUACAUCGAGUUGAAUAAAGAAAGGGGAGUGUUGCUUAUCAAAGAGCGAAUAGACAGAGAGGCUCUGUGCGGGCAGACAACGCCUUGUGGGCUGCAUUUUCAAAUCAUUUUAGACAAUCCGAUGGAGUUUUUUAGUGUUACGAUAGAAGUUAACGAUAUAAAUGAUAACCCUCCUCUUUUCAGUCAGAAUGAAAUAAAAUUCGAAAUAAGUGAGGCAUCACUUACUGGAGCAAAGUUUGUUUUAGAAAGGGCCGUUGAUAAUGAUGUUGGCAUUAAUGGGCUUCAAAGCUAUACCUUAAAGCCAACAAACAAUUUUGUCCUUAAAAUGCAUAGCCUAUUAGGUGGGAGCACACAUGUUGAGAUGGUACUUGAAAAGCCACUAGAUCGAGAGAAAGAAGAUCAUAUUUCACUAGUGUUAACUGCAGUGGACGGAGGCGAGCCACAAAUGUCUGGUACAAUCCAAAUACAAAUUACCGUAUUAGACGCUAAUGAUAAUGCACCAGUUUGCGUCCAGUCUGUGUAUAAAACGAGUGUCCGAGAACAUGCUCCAAAGGGAACAAUUUUGACUACAGUAAGUGCCGUCGAUGCCGAUGAAGGUCAAAAUGGAUUAAUCAGGUAUACAUUGUCAAACAGCCUGGGCACUGCACAUAAAAUGUUUGCAAUAAAUCACACUGAUGGAUUGUUGAAAGUAAUCGGUGACACGGAUUUUGAGAAAAUUAAGUCAUAUGAGAUUGAUGUCGUGGCGAGAGACCAAGGUGGACAUUAUGAUACGUGCAAAGUAAUUGUAGAAGUGAUUGACAUAAAUGAUAACAGACCUUUGAUUAAUAUUAUGUCAAAAUCUGGUGAAAUUGAUGAAAACUCCAAAAUAGGGAGGGUUACUGCAAUAAUUAAUGUUCAGGAUGUAGAUUCGAAUGAAAAUGGAAGAGUAGAGUGCACAAUCAACCAAAAUAUUCCUUUUGUACUUAAAUUUACAUCAAAUAAUGUCUUUAGUUUGGUAACAGAUAGUGAAUUAGACCGGGAGAGAGAGUCUGAGUAUAAUAUCACUGUAAUGUGUGCUGAUGAAGGAUCUCCAUCGCUCUCCAGCAGCGUCACUCUCUCUUUACAGAUAUCAGAUGUGAAUGAUAACGCACCUGUCUUUGAGAAGAGCUCAUAUGAGGCCUCCAUUUUAGAAAAUAAUUCACCAGGCCUCUCCAUAUUCACAGUCAAAGCCAGAGACGCAGACUCGAAACAGAAUGCCCGUGUUUCUUACAUACUAGAGGAGUCCUCGGUUAACGGAGUGCCCAUUUCCUCUUACGUGUCAGUCAGUGCUGAUAGUGGUAUUAUUCAUGCAGUGCGAUCUUUUGAUUACGAGCAAAUUAAACAUUUUAAUUUCCGUGUCAAAGCGCAGGAUGGAGGCAACCCGCCUCUUAGUAGAAAUGUAAGUGUAAAAAUCAGUAUUUAUGACCAGAAUGACAACGCGCCGCAGAUUCUGUAUCCAGUACAAACUGGUGGCUCUGUGGUGGCUGAAAUGGUGCCUCGUUCAGCAGAUGUGGGCUAUCUUGUCACGAAAGUGGUGGCUGUGGAUGUGGACUCUGGACAGAAUGCCUGGCUCUCAUAUAAACUGCAGAAAACGACAGACAGGGCACUGUUUGAAGUGGGCUUACAGAAUGGAGAAAUAAGAACUGUGCGUCAAGUCACUGAUAAAGAUCCUGUGAAACAGAAGCUCACUGUUGUAGUGGAGGACAACGGACAGCCCUCUCGUUCAGCUACAGUCAAUGUUAACGUGGCGGUGGCGGACACUUUCCCUGAAGUGCUCUCCGAGUUCACUGACUUUACGCAUGACAAGGAAUACAACGACAACCUGACAUUUUAUCUAGUCCUGGCCUUGGCUGUAGUUUCAUUUCUCUUCAUCGUGUCCAUCAUAGCUAUUCUGUCAGUGAAAUGCUACAGAUGGAGACGUGAGCGGAUGUUUUAUAAAUCCAGUGCCAAUCUGCCAGUUAUUCCGUAUUAUCCACCCCUUUACGCAGACGUCGGGGGAACAGGAACUUUACAGCAUAUGUACAAUUAUGAAGCUUACAGAACCACUGACUCUAGAAAGAGUGAUCUGAAAUACGCCAGACCUCCUACUGAGAGCAUCAUUAGCCUGGACACUAGUGGAACUCAGACCCUUACGCAUGCGCAUAUGGGGAAACCUGCUGUCUCUGAUGAUCAGGUGAGGUCUAGGAAUUUGUUGCUUUGCUGAUAGAUUAGCUUUUGUAAAAUUUGUAAAGUGUUUAAUGACACAAGUGAUAUACAGUUAUGUAUAAUAAAUUAUAUUUUCAUAUUUUACCAUAAGGAGAACUCUGAGUUCUUAUGAUGUACUCUGCUCUGAUGCUCAUGCUAUUGCAUAUGUAAAGCAGACCUGUGGGUGUGUCUGUGGGUGUGUCUGGGUGUGAAAUUUAAGGUUUGUUAACUCAUUCCUUUUGAUGUUGUGUUAUUGACAUUUUUUUUUUCAUUUUUACCUUUACCAAAUAGAGAUUUCUUUAUAUUCUCACACUUAGGCCAGUUUAAACCCUGACUUGUCCUCUUAAAUGGGAUUGCAUCAGAAUUUUAAUAUUUUUGUUGUGUUCCUAUUUGAAACUUCUCAUUGACAUUAAGAUUGUCUUGUAACUCAUGUAACAGAAAUUCUUGUUAGAUGCUCUCUGGUUGUUUGGACGACCUUGACGUUGCAAUGAUUCAUUAUUCCUCUAAGUGCCGCUGUUGAAAGAAAUAAAGACUCUCCUUUCCCAGGCAUUAUUACACAGAAUGAACAACUUAUGCUCAUUUGUUAUUGUUUGUGGAAUGUGUAUGGACGGACUUCCGUUGUCUACGGGCGAAAUAUUCUGUAUUUUGCUUCCUUAGGUUCAUGAAAUAUUGUGCUAAUAUUUGAGAUUGCAGUAAUUCGAAUAUGGAUGUUCUUUGUCUUCUCUGUGCAUGGACAAAACGUUACUCUGUCUGGAUUUCAACAUGGCAAGUGCAGAUUCUUGCUCUGUUUGCUUUUGUCAUUGCCCUUGCACAUGGGCAGCUUCAUUAUUCUAUUCCCAAGGAGAUGAACAAAGGAUCAGUGGUGGGAAAUGUCGUUCAGGAUUUCGGUUUGGAUGUUAGAGACUGAAUCUUGCCCAAUGAGGAUUUUACACAGGACAGUCGUUAGUACAUUGGUCUGAAUGUGGAUAAAGGCACUCUGAUAGUGAAAGAGAGGAUAGACAGAGCUUUUCUAUUCUAGAUUCAUUACACAUAAAGUGAAAUAUUUCAAGCCUUUUUUUUUUGGUU